UUCCUGGCCAAAAACGACACGGUUCCCCAGGACGGUCGCGGCGCGUGCUCUAGAAAAGAGCUGGAGAACUGGAAAAACGCCAGGAGCUAAGGCUAGGAACUGUGUGAUUGUCACAGUUUCCACCUAACUCGAAGGAAAACAAGUCAAAGGGCCCGUUCAAGUGGCAGUUGCCAGCGAAUCGUCGUGUGUGUGUGCCUUUUGUAAAUAAACGGACCACUAUGAGCCACAAAGGAGUCCGGAAAUGAUGAUAGCAUGACGCGCGACGGCGAGAUUCCAGCCAUUUUCAAUCCGAAACGGGUGCGUACUCCUUCCGUGGUGGUCACCGGCGACUCUUCGACGAAUGGCCCGUACAACAGUAACAACAGCGCCACCGGAGCGGGAACCAGCAGCAGCUCCACAGUACCGGCCGUGGUCACCACUGCCCCAGGAUCCACGGGAGUCAAUGGCGGUGGCGGCGGAGCCUCCGGCGGCUGCGGCUUCAGCAACGUGCUCACCUCGAGCAACCCGCAAAUAACCCACCAAGACUCAAUCUCAUCGAGCCAACAGGACCCCAAUGAGGUGAUCAUCAUCCCGGCGGACACCCCCACGAGCGCACCUGGUAGCCACAAUGCAGGCCAUCACUUCGGCGGCGACUCCAGUGACACGCAAACAGGAGCGGACUCCCAGCAGCAGCACCAGCAGCCAAACGGACAUGCGGAUGAGCCGGAAUGGCGAUUCCGGAAGCUGCAGGCCUGCAAGGAGUCCUGCUGCUCGGAACUGGCACGCAAGAUGUACUUCGGGGUGUGCGUGACCAUCCUAAUGACUGCCUCGUGGGUGGGGGCCACGCAUUGCAUCAAGUACAUGUACAAGUAUCGUGCCCCCUACGACGACGUGCUGAACGAUGACCAGGACACGUCCUCGAGCCGGGCCGAGCUGAGCACGGAGCUGGAGGACAUCCUGGCCAUCAGCGACUCGUCGCUGCACCACGUCGAAGACGCCACCGAAAUGUUCAACAUACCACCGCGUCAACCCGUCUACUUCAGCGCCCCCUUCUUCGCCGCCUGGUUCUUCACCAACUUCUCGCUGCUCUUCUUCCCCAUCUACAUUCUGGGCCUGUUCUCCACCCGCAAGUGCGAGAAGCUAAGCGACAUCCUAGGCGACGUGUUGCGUGGCUUCCGGGAAAGAGGUUUCACAGUGGGACGUUUUCUCAAUCGCUGUCUCUGCUUCUGCAUUUUGUGGCUGGUCACCACCUACCUGUACACGCUGUCCCUGCACGUGCUCUACGCCACGGAUGCACUGGCUCUGUUUGCCACCAACGUGGCCUGCGUCUACCUGCUUUCCUGGGUGAUCCUUCACGAGCAGUUUGUGGGCGUGCGCAUCGUGGCCAUCAUUCUCUGCGACACGGGCAUCGCCCUGCUGGCCUACAUGGACGGGAUCACGGAGAGCCGCACCCUGAGCGGCGUUGUCCUGGCCACGCUGGCCGGUGCCGGCUAUGCCGUGUUUAGGGUUAUGUUCCGCAAGGUGAUGGGCGAUCCGCCGGUGAGCCAAAUCGCCUUCAUUUUCACCGCCCUCGGCUUCCUCAAUGCCCUGCUGCUGUGGCCCGUGGUGCUGGGACUCUACCUGACUGGCACGGAAAGCCUGACAUCGGAGAGCAUACCCUGGAACCUGCUGUUCGCCGCUAGCCUCCUGCUCCUGGUUUUCCACGUUCUGAUGCAGUUCAGCGCCGCCGUUACGUACAACAUGUUUGUGACAUUGGGUCUGAUUACCGCUGUGCCCGUUUCUGGUGCCCUCGACGUCAUCCUGUACAGUGCCAACUUUGCGGGCAUGAAGCUGGCCGGAGUUAUCCUGAUUGGCAUCGGAUUUUUCCUCGUUAUGUUCCCCGAGAACUGGCCGGACUAUAUAACGCGACUUCUGCGAAAGAGCGUUCGUGCCAUACUCCGUUACCAAUGUUGUUGUGAAUUAGCCGAAAUUCGCUAUGCUCAUUCGAAGCAUCAUAAUGCUGGGUCACAAUGCGAGAUGGGGUCGAGGCCCUCGGAGCGGUACUUCAACAGGUCAGCAUCCCACCAUUAUCGACUAUCGGACGGGAUACAUAAGGUCCCAUCUUCGUUCACCCUCUGGCCGUGUGAGAUGACUGACCUGUCGCCGACAACCACUGGGUUUCUGCAUGGCAGCGCCAACGCACAGCAUCACCAGCAACUCUUACACCACCAACAGCAGCAACAACACGGACAGCAGCAACACCACCACCUCCAGCAGCACCACCGCCAGCACUCGCUCCACCAGCAGCACUCCCUCCACCUGCAGCGCCAGCACUCGCACACCUCGCUCACCAAGAUCCACCGCCAGAGCAGCAGCCACAGCAUGCACGGGGGCGGUGGACACGGCGGUGCUGGCCGGGCGGGGUUGGCGGCCGGCGGAGCACCUGGACCCACGGGCGCCACCGGACGCCUCUUCUCCUACUUUGGCAAUGAGCACGAGCACGAGCGCAAGAAGUCGGAGACGUCGUUCUUCAACCUGGGCUUCCGGCGGAAGUCGACGGUGGUGUACUACGCUCCCCAGGAUUGAGCGACUCCUUGCUCAGGCAUAUCAAAAGCAAAUUAGCAAGCGAUACUCGUACAAUCAUGCAGUUUUAAGUCAUCCUAUAGGCGGGACAGUUCCAUGUCCAGUUCGAGUAUAGUUAGAUGGAGUGUGUGUCUCAUUAUAUCAUAAUUAUUGUCGUCGUCGUUGUUGUUGUUGAUGUAAAAGUUCAAUCGGAACACAUGCAGUUACAAUUUUGCUCAAAUAUAACACAUUUUAAUGCUACAGUUACAGAUACCGAAACCGAUUCAGAUACCACAGCUACAGAUACAGAUACACCUGCACGGGAGUCAUGCUAGAGACUCCCUCAGAUACAGAAUACAGGAUCUCAUGCCCACGCCCAUGCCUCGCCUUCAGUCUCAGUCUCUAUUCGAAGAGAGUUUCAAGAAACCCAAGUAACGAGCCCGCGAAAACCGAGCUCAAAAGUGCCCCGAAAGUUAACUAUAUACGGUUAUAAUUUAAAUACUCAUAAUUAUUACGAAAUUGUAUAAGGAAUCGAAGCCAAUUGUUUUUAGCAAUUAUAUACAUACACUACUUGUAACGGAAAAAAAAUAGUCGAAUAUUUUAAAGUGGAUUCACUUCAAUGGCACACCUUAAGAAGGAAACAAUAACGAACAUGGAAAUCCAAGUUAUUUAAGGCAAAUAGCUGUUAGAAAUCACCAAAAAAAAACAAAAGGGAAUAUUAAGGACGUUCACCCGGCUAAGGAACCCAUUAAAUUGUAAGCUCAUCUAGUCACUAGAUCCAAAUGGUUUUUCAUUUCCAAACUAAAACAUAAACUGCGGAUUGGAAUUUUGUUAAAGUUUUUUAUUUGGACGUGAACUGAAUGUAUGAACCGGUUAAAAGAAAAAAAACAAAGUAUUAGUAUUUUUUAAAUGUUUAUGUGUCGUUUGUAAUUUGUAAUUCGAAAAGUUGUUAAAAAUCGAAUCCAGUCAACGAGGAUACUGUUGUAUUAACGUGACCGCUCGAGAUCGUUCGAUUCAAUCCUGGGAUCCCUGGAGUCCCCUCCUUUGGAGCACUCAGACCAGAGAGCUGUCGCCUGUUAUAUAAUGCAUAUAUACUAAGUUGUGUAGCCACAUCCAAUAAUUGAUUUGUGAUAGUUUUUAAAAAUGUUUGAUAACCAACUGCAUACACUACAUAGAUACUUGUACUUUUACCUACCCGCCCCGGAAGUGAGGCAAAUGGUAUAGCUGGGAUGUAUUUAGAACACACGAACCGAACACGAAAUAAAUAGUU